CUGAAAUUGAGCGGCGAAGUAGGAGGUUGAGAGGAGCGACAAUGGCGAAACCUUCUUCUUCAGCAACUCCUUCUUCUUCAGAAACUCCUUCUUCAGAAACUCCUUCUUCUUCAGAAACUCCUUCUUCUUCAGAAACUCCUUCUUCUUCAGCAACUCCUUCGUUAAUCUUUGACUCUCCGACGAUUCAGAUAAAGGAUAUGUCUGAAGAGGACCUACGCGGAACUAUAGAAUUGCUCAAUGGAUUGGGCGGUUCCGGCCAAAUUCCGGACGAUUGCAACACCAAGGGAUUCUAUUCCGAUAUCAUUCGCGGUCAUCUCCGGCAGCGCCGCCUCGAACGAGGCCGUCUGACCUACCUCCUCUCCGUCAAACCUGCUGUAUCCAAUCGUUAUGGCUUUCUACAUGGAGGAUUUGUUGCUGCGGCUGCUGAGUUCUCAUCAAUUGCUUGUGCCCGAACUGUCAUGGCAGAGGAUAAGGAGUUAUUUCUUGGGGAACUAAGCAUCUCUUAUCUCUCAGGCGCUCCACGAAAUGCCGAGGUCAUAAUCGAUGCUUCUAUUUUAAGGAGUGGAAAACAUUUGAAUGUAGUUGCUAUAGAUUUCAGACUUCAAAAGACAGGAAAGUUGAUCUACACAGCUCGUUCUACCCUUUAUAACAUGCCAAUGGCAAAGUUGUAAAUAUCUCCAACAAUCUCAAGUUUUUAUUCAGGUUGAAUAAUCGUGUCAAAUGUAUUUACUAUUGUAAUGUUGGAAAGAGUAGGGAAAUGUAUGGAUUAGAUGCUUGAUUA